AAUGAAGGAUAUGUACGAGUUUACUUUAGAGAUUGGGGAACCAUCACAGCGUGCAAGAUUAAGAAAAGCCCCAACAAGGGGGGAAAUAAGGCAAUGGCCUAUGUGAGGUUUUCUACAGAGGAUGAAGCAGACAGAGCAGAAUGGGCUGGUCCACACUACAUUGGAGGCGAUGUGGAAGUGAAACGUGUUGUUAGUCCAAAGAUGGACGACAAUUCAGAAGAGGAGGUCACCACAGUCGUUGCUAAGCGACCACAGCGUUCAAUGGGUUUGGGCUACAUACUGGAAGAUGCUCAGUGGUUAGAUGACGACAUGGAUGAAUAAACAAAUACUGUGCAACACUGACCAAUAAGGCUGAUUCUAAAAAAAUCUAAUUAUGUUUAUUAAUGUUUGUCAAGGUCAUAGGGAUGUUAUUGCACACUCUGCAAAACACUGUAAAGCAAAACAAAAGUUGUGUAAAUAAAUAAAUAACUGGU